CUUUGCUACAAGCUGAAUAGGUGUCCUGGGCUGGAAUACUAAGAGCACUUACAAGGAGCUAUUCAGGAUGUCAGACUAUACUUGGUUUGAAGGGAUACCUUUUCCUGCAAUAUUAUAUCAAAAAGAAACUAUAGAAGAAAUUCGUAAUAAGUUUGUGGUGAAAGAAGAAGACUUGAUGAUAUUGUCUUACCCAAAGUCAGGAAUGAACUGGCUGAUUCAUAUUUUCUGCUUGAUUCAGACUAAGGGAGAUCCCAAGUGGAUCCAAACUGUGCCCAUUUGGUACCGCUCACCCUGGCUAGAGAAUGAUAUAGGAUAUCCUGAAAUAGUCAAUAAGGAAGGACCACGACUCAUGACCUCCCAUCUUCCCAUCCAUCUCUUCUCCAAGUCUUUCUUCAAUUUCAAGCCCAAGGCGAUCUAUCUCAUCAGAAAUCCCAGAGAUAUUCUUGUGUCUGGUUACUUUUUCUGGGGUAACACAAACCUUGUGAAGAAUCCAGGGUCACUCGGAACUUAUUUUGAGUGGUUCCUCAAAGGUAAUGUCAUAUAUGGAUCAUGGUUUGAGCAUGUUCGUGGCUGGCUGUCCAUGAGAGAGUGGGACAACUUCUUGGUACUGUACUAUGAAGACAUGAAAAAGGAUACNAAGGGAACCNUAAAGAAGAUCUGUGACUUCCUAGGGAAAAAAUUAGAGCCAGAUGAGCUGGAUCUUGUCCUCAAGUACAGUUCCUUCCAAGUCAUGAAAGAAAACAACAUGUCCAAUUUUAGUCUCGUUAAAGAAGAUAUGGUUACUAAUGGCUUGAAACUCAUGAGAAAAGGCAUAACUGGGGACUGGAAGAAUCACUUCACAGUAGCCCAAGCUGAAGCCUUUGAUAAAGUUUUCCAGGAGAAAAUGGCUGGAUUCCCCCCAGGGAUGUUCCCAUGGGAAUAAGUUUUCAAAACUUUUAAAUAUUAUAUGAACACUGAUGUUUAUGUUCCUGUAGUUCUAUAUCUGAAUACCUGAAUGUGCUCAAAGAAUAAAUACUAUUGUGGAAUUGUGA